AUGAGUGUGUCGUGGUGCCUGGGGCUGGCUGUGGCCCUGGUGUGUGGGGGCCCCUGGGGGCCCUUCUCCCUGCUCGUGCCCGUACCCCUAGCGUCGGCCCUGUCCCCGGAGAACGAGGUGCCCCUGCGCCCCACCGCCUGGCUGCUGGAGGACAAGGUCACCCCCCUACACCUGCCCAAGGGCAAGACUCGCAGGUUCUACUUCACCCUGAAGAAGAAGACCUCCUCCAUGUCUCUGACCGUGAGUCCGUGUGGCGCCCCCAUCGAGUGGAGUCUGGCGGCCCGAACGCUCAAGGACAAGCCCCCCAAAACCCUCCACUGGAGUUCUAAGAAGAGCAUGCCAGAGGUCUGGUGGCGUGGACCCGGCACCGAGGCCAAGCUGCACAGCUACACGGGCAACUCCGCGGACACCUACAGGGGUCCUGCCUACGCGCCCGCCUCCAUCUACAUCCUACGCCUCAAGUCCCAGGAGCAGGACACAAGCGCCUCCCUCUACCUCCAUGACGGGCCCGGCUCCGGCUCCGGCUCCGCGGGGCCCUUCCCCAAACUGCCGUCCGACCCGCGGGUCCACACGUUCGGGGUGGGCCUCACCAGCGUGACCCUCAGCUGGAACCCAAGUACCUCGGUGACGCAGCCGAGUCACCACGGCCAUCACGUCAAACACCUCUACGACUACUGCGUCCUCGUCAACCACGAGCACAACUACAGGAGCCUGUGUGCCGCCCGCGAGGGGCUCAAGAGGGAGAGGGAGAAGGAGAGGGAGGGGAGGAGGGAGAGGAAGGAGAAGAGAGGAGGAGGAGAGGGAGAGGAGGAGGUGGAGGAGGACACCGCCUGGCCCAUGCUGAAAGACUGGUGGUGGCAGCAGUGGGACGCGUUCGGGGAGCUCCCGUCCGCGUCCGUUUCCGAAGAUGUCGGCGAGAUGUCGGGGUGCGCCUGUCGGGGCGUGGAGAGCGUGUGCACCGUCUCCGAGCUCCUCCCGGACACCCAGUACUACUUCGACGUCUUCGUGAUCGACAGGCUCAACGGCACCAGCGCCGCGUACACCGGCACGUUCGCCCGCACGCACGAGGAGGCCAAGCCGGCCGUCAUCGCGCUGAAGGAGGGAGAGCCGCGGGUGGCCAUGCUGCCUGUCGCCCGAACCAGCACCAGCAGUAGCAGCAGCAGUAGCAGUAGCAGCAGCAGCAAAAGAAGCAGUUCAACCUCGAUGGUGUUCAGCUUCCGGCCGCGCGGCUGGCAACAGACCGGCCUGCUGACGCUGCAGAGCUGCAACGCCACCCAGAGGCUGCGCGUGGUGGUGACCGGCCGAGGGAAGGUGCUCUCCACACAGGAGGUGGGCGACCAGCAGCUAGCACAGAUCUGGCUGCAGGGGGCGCCGUCCUACCUCAUCAGGCUGGAGGUCGCGGCGGCGGAGGGGGAGGGCGCUGUCAUGGCAACCAUGUCAUUGGGCGGCCGAACGAGAGCUGUGGCUAUGGCGGUAAAGCUCCAGGCGUCGUCGGCGUACCACAAGCAGGCUCCUCCAGCGCUGCCCGCCACGCUCCAGAUGAAAUCCUUCAACAAGCUGCGGACCUGCAGCUCCGUCACGCUGGCCUGGAUGGGCACGGAGGAGCGCAGCCUCUACUGCGUCUACCGCCGCCGGCUGACGUCGGACGACAACGCCGCCGGAGGGAAGAAGCGGGAAGGGAAGAAGAAGAAGAACGCUGGCGCAGACCGGUGCCUGGCGCCGGAGACGCGACCGGACUCGGAGAGGGUGCUGUGCAAGUACUUCCAGGAGCUUAACCCUCGACGCGCCGUCACCACGGCCGUCAUCGCGGGGCUGGAGCCCGGAGCCACGUACCUGCUGGACGUUUACCUCAUCAGACGCUGGGGGAUCCCAGUGAAGUACCACAGCAAGGUGGUGCGGACGCGACGCGAGUGCUGA